CCUAAUUAGACAAAGCAAAAUAAUUGAAUGCAACAUGCAACAGUGAUGACUAUUUUAGUAGUUCAGUGGAAAGUUAUCAAUCAUACCAUAGCUGGCUGGCAGCAUAUGAAUCCCACAUUCUAUUCUUCUGAGCCAGUCAUAAAAAAGCAAGUUUCUUUGUUCUGCCUCCACAUUCACACACACUUCAAGAAAAAUGGAACAAGGGAGAAGAAGCUCUUCAUGUCUUCUCUGCUCAAAAGUCUCUUGUUUCCUCCUUCUCCUGAUCUUCUGUUUCUCUGGAUCUGUUGAGGCUUACAAGAAUUACACAGUGGGAGAUUCUUUAGGCUGGUUUGACAACCUUGAGAAGCCUCAUGUCAAUUACCAGAAGUGGGUUGCCAAUAAAGAAUUCAGCUUGGGAGAUUUCCUCAUUUUCAACACAGACACCAACCACACAGUUGUUCAGACAUACAAUUUCACCACAUACAAACAAUGUGACUAUAAUGAUGCACAAGACAAAGACACAACCCAAUGGUCAUCAUCUGACCCCUCCAACACAGAGAUACAUCCUGUGACAGCGGCAGUUCCAUUAGUGAAGGAAGGGAUGAACUACUUCUUUUCAAGUGAUUAUGAUGGUGACCAGUGCAAGAAUGGACAACAUUUCAAAAUUAAUGUGACAUAUGGACAAGGUUUGCCCAAGAGUCUUAGAUCUCCCUCAGAAGAUUCUCCAUCUCCUGCUAGCCCUGUUUCUGGGGAUGAUGAUGCAGCACCAGACACAAUUGUUCCUUCCAAUUUCAGCCAUCCCAAGGGAGAAACUGAUGAUGAUGAGGAUGGUGACAAAACUAGUGACAGUGCCAAAGAGAAAUCUAGUUCUGUUUCAAUGUCAAUGUAUGCACAACUUCACAACAAAUUGUAUGUGGCUCUUAUCUUGUUAGGGAUAAUUUUCAUGUUUUAGAGAGUUGAACCACCCAGUAUCCGGCCACACGGACAAUGAUGAUUCCAGAUCCGAGACUGAGUCAUAGUCAAGGCUCUUCAUCCCUCCUCCUGGGUAUAUUGUGCGGGAAUCGAACCUGAGAGUUCUUCCUACACCCUUCCCUUAUAUUACCAACUGAGCUAUCACUCGUGUGUAUCUUUUAGAGAGUUAAGAGACCCUUUUGUUUAUUUA